AUGUCACAAUCAUUUGAAGAAAAUGAAAUAAUAGCACCUGAACAUAUUAAAGAAGAAAUAAUAGAAGAGAAUGUUACAAUAAAAGAUGAAAAACCUAGUUUUAAUGAACAACUGUUAACGGACAACUAUAAAAAUAUUAAACUUGAACAACAAUUACACACGGAAUUAAUUAUUAAAGAAGACGAAAGUGAUUUAGAAUAUUUUCGAAAUGAUAAUGGAAACAAACUUUUAUCAUGCAAUGAUUGUGAUGAAACAUUUAAAACUGAAAGAAGUCUAAUUUUACAUCGAGAAAUUCACACUGGAGGGAGACCGUUUUCAUGUGAACAUUGUGAUAAAUCAUUUAAUCGGAAAAGCCACUUAAUUCGACACCAAGGAACUCACACUGGAGAAAAACCUUUUUCAUGUGAAGAUUGUAAUAAAUCAUUUAGUCGGAAAAGCCACUUAAUUCGACACAAACUAACUCACACUGCAGGAAAUAAACCUUUAGCAUGUGAAGAUUGUGACAAAUCAUUUGAUCGGAAAGACAACUUAAUUCAACACAAACUAACUCACAUUGCAGGAGAAAAAACUUUUUCAUGUGAAGAUUGUGACAAAUCAUUUGACCGGAAAAGCAAGUUAAACCGACACAAACUAACUCACACUGCAAGAGAAAAACAUUUUUCAUGUGAAGAUUGUGAUAAAUCAUUUAAUCGGAAAAGCCACUUAAUUCGACACCAAGGAACUCACACUGGAGAAAAACCUUUUUCAUGUGAAGAUUGUGAUAAAUCAUUUGAUCGGAAAAGCAACUUAAACCGACACAAACUAACUCAUACUGUAGGAAAAAAACCUUUUUCAUGUGAAGAUUGUGAUAAAUCAUUCAGUCGGAAAAGCCAUUUAAUUCGACACAAACGAAUUCACACUGGAGAAAAACCUUUUUCGUGUGAAGUUUGUGAUAAAACUUUUUCUGACAAAAGCCAUUUAGUUGAGCAUUUACGAAUUCAUACCGGGGAAAAACCUUUUUCAUGUGAAGAUUGUAAUAAAUCAUUUAAUAUUAAAAGCCACUUAAAUCGACACAAACUAACACACACUGCAGGAAAUAAACCUUUUGCAUGUGAAGAUUGUAACAAAUUAUUUGAUCGGAAACGCAACUUAAUUCAACACAAACUAACUCACAUUGCAGGAGAAAAACCUUUUGCAUGUGAAGAUUGUGAUAAAUCAUUUAAUCGGAAAAGGCUCUUAAUUCGACACAAAAGAACUCACACCGAACUCAAAUCUUUUUCAUGUGAAGAUUGUGAUAAAUCAUUUGAUCAGGAAGGCAACUUAAGCCGACACAAACUAACUCACACUGCAGGAGAAAAACCUUUUUCAUGUGAAGAUUGUUAUAAAUCAUUUAAUCGGAAAAGCCAAUUAAAUCGACAUAAACUAACUCACACUGCAGGAGAAAAACCUUUUGCAUGUGAAGAUUGUGACAAAUCAUUUGAUCGGAAAGUCAACUUAAUUCAACACAAACUAACUCACAUUGCAGGAGUAAAACCUUUUUCAUGUGAAGAUUGUGACAAAUCAUUUGAUCAGGAAAGCAACUUAAACCGACACAAACAAACUCACACUGCAGGAGACUUAAUUCAACACAAACUAACUCACAUUGCAGGAGAAAAAACUUUUUCAUGUGAAGAUUGUGACAAAUCAUUUGACCGGAAAAGCAAGUUAAACCGACACAAACUAACUCACAUUGCAGGAGAAAAGCCUUUUUCAUGUUAAGAUUGUGAUAAAUCAUUUAAUCGAAAAAGCAACUUAUUUCGACACAAAAACAUUUUUCAUGUGAAAAUUGUGUAAAUGAUUUGUUCUGAAAUGCCGUUUAAUUGAACACAAACUUACUCACACUGCAGUACAAAAACUUUUUUCAUAUGGAGAUUGUGAUAAAUCAUUUAAUCGGAAAAGCCACUUUAUUCGAAACGGACUCACAGUUUCGAAACAAA